AUGUGUUUGUGUUUGUGUUUGACUCCCUUUUUGGAUAUUCCAGGUUUCAAACCAGUACAAAUGGAAGCUAAUCCAGAUGCGAAAAGAUUAUACGAUGAUCUUCUCAGUAAUUACAACAGGCUUAUCAGACCCGUCGUUAACAACACGGAAACUUUGACGGUUAGAUUAGGAUUAAAAUUGUCACAAUUGAUAGAGGUUAAUUUAAAAAGUCAAGUAAUGACAACGAAUGUUUGGGUCGAACAAAAAUGGACGGAUUAUAAGCUACGUUGGAAUCCGGAAGAAUAUGGCGGAGUAGAGAUGCUAUAUGUGCCAUCUGAACAUAUAUGGCUUCCCGACAUAGUUCUUUAUAAUAAUGCAGAUGGAAAUUACGAGGUCACGCUCAUGACGAAAGCAACACUUAACUACAAUGGAGAAGUUUACUGGAAACCUCCAGCAAUAUACAAAUCAUCGUGUGAAAUUAAUGUGUUAUACUUUCCUUUCGACGAACAAAGUUGUUACAUGAAAUUCGGUUCUUGGACUUAUCACGGUUAUCAGGUUGAUUUAAAACACAUGGAUCAAAAACCAGGUACGAAUUUAGUACCUGUCGGUGUUGAUUUAAAAGAAUUUUAUUUAAGCGUUGAAUGGGAUAUAUUAGAAGUACCAGCGAGAAAAAAUGAAGAAUAUUAUCCGUGUUGUGCCGAACCUUAUUCAGAUAUAACAUUUAAUUUAAAAAUGAGAAGGAAAACUUUAUUUUACACAGUAAAUCUUAUUAUACCUUGCGUAGGUAUAACAUUUUUAACUGUACUCGUUUUUUAUCUUCCUUCGGAUUCUGGUGAAAAAGUCACAUUAACAGUUUCAAUUCUUCUUUCCCUUACGGUAUUUUUCCUUUUACUCGCCGAAAUUAUUCCUCCGACAUCUCUUGCCGUACCUUUACUUGGAAAAUAUCUUCUUUUUACAAUGAUGCUUGUCACGUUAUCUAUAUUCAUAACAGUUUGCGUUUUAAAUAUUUACUUCAGAUCGCCGUCUACUCAUAAAAUGUCUCCGUGGGUAAGAAACGUUUUUUUAAAUUUUAUUCCUAGACUUCUAAUGAUGAGGAGGCCUCCAUAUUCGGUGAGAAGAGACGGUUAUGACGAUUCCGGUGAUAAUGGAUACGCAUCAGCUUUAGAUUACAGAGAUGGCAUUGGAGAACCUUUUCCACCGGAAUUAAAAGGUAGUCCAGAAUUUGAAUCUGUUACAACCGUUUGUAAAAGUACAUUCGGAACUGAAUCUGACGAUAAUUUAGGUACAACGUUUAGACACGCUCAACCUUCAGAUUCGGAAAAUAUAAUUCCACGAAAUUUAUCUUCCGACGUAUUAUCAGCCUUACAAGGAGUCUGCUUCAUCGCUCAACAUAUAAGAAAUGCAGACAAAGACAACGAAGUCAUCGAGGAUUGGAAAUACGUAUCCAUGGUUUUGGAUAGAUUUUUCCUUUGGGUGUUUACUUUGGCUUGUAUUGGAGGCACCUGUGCCAUCAUAUUUCAAGCACCUUCAUUAUACGAUCAAAGAAUUCCGAUAGAUCAAGAAAUAAGUUUGAUACAAUUUGGAAAAAUAUUUUUAAAUAUUCCUAGAGAACAAAAUUCUGAUUAA